GAUCCCGAGUACCUUGGUCGCGGCCCGUUCAUCAUGAAGACGUUGUCAGUGUUUGCUGCCGCCCUUUUGGCGGCCGUAGCUGAGGCCAAUCCCUACCCGCCUCCUCACUCCAACCAGGCGUACUCGCCUCCUUUCUACCCUUCGCCAUGGAUGGACCCCAGUGCUCCAGGCUGGGAGCAAGCCUAUGCCCAAGCUAAGGAGUUCGUCUCGGGCUUGACUCUCUUGGAGAAGGUCAACCUCACCACCGGUGUUGGCUGGAUGGGUGAGAAGUGCGUUGGAAACGUUGGUACCGUGCCUCGCUUGGGCAUGCGAAGUCUUUGCAUGCAGGACGGCCCCCUGGGUCUCCGAUUCAACACGUACAACAGCGCUUUCAGCGUUGGCUUGACGGCCGCCGCCAGCUGGAGCCGACACCUUUGGGUUGACCGCGGUACCGCUCUGGGCUCCGAGGCAAAGGGCAAGGGUGUCGAUGUUCUUCUCGGACCCGUGGCUGGCCCUCUCGGUCGCAACCCCAACGGAGGCCGUAACGUCGAGGGUUUCGGCUCGGAUCCCUAUCUGGCGGGUUUGGCUCUGGCCGAUACCGUGACCGGAAUCCAGAACGCGGGCACCAUCGCCUGUGCCAAGCACUUCCUCCUCAACGAGCAGGAGCAUUUCCGCCAGGUCGGCGAAGCUAACGGCUACGGAUACCCCAUCACCGAGGCUCUGUCUUCCAACGUUGAUGACAAGACGAUUCACGAGGUGUACGGCUGGCCCUUCCAGGAUGCUGUCAAGGCUGGUGUCGGGUCCAUCAUGUGCUCGUACAACCAGGUCAACAACUCGUACGCUUGCCAAAACUCCAAGCUCAUCAACGGCUUGCUCAAGGAGGAGUACGGUUUCCAAGGCUUUGUCAUGAGCGACUGGCAGGCCCAGCACACGGGUGUCGCGUCUGCUGUUGCCGGUCUCGAUAUGACCAUGCCUGGUGACACCGCCUUCAACACCGGCGCAUCCUACUUUGGAAGCAACCUGACGCUUGCUGUUCUCAACGGCACCGUCCCCGAGUGGCGCAUUGACGACAUGGUGAUGCGUAUCAUGGCUCCCUUCUUCAAGGUGGGCAAGACGGUUGACAGCCUCAUUGACACCAACUUUGAUUCUUGGACCAAUGGCGAGUACGGCUACGUUCAGGCCGCCGUCAAUGAGAACUGGGAGAAGGUCAACUACGGCGUCGAUGUCCGCGCCAACCAUGCGAACCACAUCCGCGAGGUUGGCGCCAAGGGAACUGUCAUCUUCAAGAACAACGGCAUCCUGCCCCUUAAGAAGCCCAAGUUCCUGACCGUCAUUGGUGAGGAUGCUGGCGGCAACCCUGCCGGCCCCAACGGCUGCGGUGACCGCGGCUGUGACGACGGCACUCUUGCCAUGGAGUGGGGAUCUGGUACUACCAACUUCCCCUACCUCGUCACCCCCGACGCGGCCCUGCAGAGCCAGGCUCUCCAGGACGGCACCCGCUACGAGAGCAUCCUGUCCAACUACGCCAUCUCGCAGACCCAGGCGCUCGUCAGCCAGCCCGAUGCCAUUGCCAUUGUCUUUGCCAACUCGGAUAGCGGCGAGGGCUACAUCAACGUCGAUGGCAACGAGGGCGACCGCAAGAACCUGACGCUGUGGAAGAACGGCGACGAUCUGAUCAAGACUGUUGCUGCUGUCAACCCCAAGACGAUUGUCGUCAUCCACUCGACCGGCCCCGUGAUUCUCAAGGACUACGCCAACCACCCCAACAUCUCUGCCAUUCUGUGGGCCGGUGCUCCUGGCCAGGAGUCUGGCAACUCGCUGGUCGACAUUCUGUACGGCAAGCAGAGCCCGGGCCGCACUCCCUUCACCUGGGGCCCGUCGCUGGAGAGCUACGGAGUUAGUGUUAUGACCACGCCCAACAACGGCAACGGCGCUCCCCAGGAUAACUUCAACGAGGGCGCCUUCAUCGACUACCGCUACUUUGACAAGGUGGCUCCCGGCAAGCCUCGCAGCUCGGACAAGGCUCCCACGUACGAGUUUGGCUUCGGACUGUCGUGGUCGACGUUCAAGUUCUCCAACCUCCACAUCCAGAAGAACAAUGUCGGCCCCAUGAGCCCGCCCAACGGCAAGACGAUUGCGGCUCCCUCUCUGGGCAGCUUCAGCAAGAACCUUAAGGACUAUGGCUUCCCCAAGAACGUUCGCCGCAUCAAGGAGUUUAUCUACCCCUACCUGAGCACCACUACCUCUGGCAAGGAGGCGUCGGGUGACGCUCACUACGGCCAGACUGCGAAGGAGUUCCUCCCCGCCGGUGCCCUGGACGGCAGCCCUCAGCCUCGCUCUGCGGCCUCUGGCGAACCCGGCGGCAACCGCCAGCUGUACGACAUUCUCUACACCGUGACGGCCACCAUUACCAACACGGGCUCGGUCAUGGACGACGCCGUUCCCCAGCUGUACCUGAGCCACGGCGGUCCCAACGAGCCGCCCAAGGUGCUGCGUGGCUUCGACCGCAUCGAGCGCAUUGCUCCCGGCCAGAGCGUCACGUUCAAGGCAGACCUGACGCGCCGUGACCUGUCCAACUGGGACACGAAGAAGCAGCAGUGGGUCAUUACCGACUACCCCAAGACUGUGUACGUGGGCAGCUCCUCGCGCGACCUGCCGCUGAGCGCCCGCCUGCCAUGAGGGAGACAAGAUGUGACGCGAAUGUUUAGUGUAUAGAUAAGUAUUAGUAUUAAUCAGAUUAAUGAAGCUCUUGAAGCAUG